UCGAAACUGUUAUUACACAUACAGUUUUAUUCCAGCGUCAGUAUUUGUAAAAUUAUCUUAGGAAACGGGUAUCGAUAGAAUUCUUCCCCAAAAACUUCCAUUUUUAUACAAAUUUCAAUAUUUGUAUGAUUUCGAUUUCAAAUAAUUCGAUAUUUCCGCAAUUUUUCAAAAACCGAACGACGCUCGGGCGUCGGCAGUAGGUAGUAGAUAGUGGAACUAGGGAUUGUGGAACGCCUUCCCUAUCAGGACUGAGCAGGACAUUGCACACAGUUGGAGCCCAUAAUUAAGGAAAAGACAGAGGAAAAAGUAACGAUAUCAAAGGGCAAACUGAACGCCAAAAAAAGAGAGAGACGCACACGAGAGAGCGCAUGCUGGGCGCCGCAGGAGAAGAAGAAGAAGCAGGAGCAGCAGCAGCAGCCGCAACAGCAGCAGCAGCAGCAGCAGCAGCAGCAGAAGAGUGAACGUGUGAGCGAGAGCGAGGAGGCAAAGUGGAGCAGGAGGAGACGACGACGACGACGACGAAGAAGACGAGGGUGAGGUGUGGCGAGGCGAGGUGAGGAAAGGAAAGGAAAGGAACAAGGGCCCAGGGGCAAAACGAAAACGAAAACAACAAAGAACAGUACCGAACGGCCAGGCGUCUGAAAAAGUCGCCGUUUUCGUUUUUCUAAAAAAAAAAAAAAAAUCUACCUCCAAACAAGAGCAAAAGCUAGAGCACAAUAAUUAAAAACGUGAAACGAACAAAACAACAAAAAAUAAACAGCAAAUAGCAAAUAGCCAACAACAAUAAUAUAAAUAAUAACAAUCAACAACGAGUGCGAGUGCGAUUGCGAGCGCCAUCUAUUGACGGCCCGGCCACAAAUCCGGUGGGGAGACCCGCGAAGAGAGCAGGAAAGAGCAGUUGGUGACUCUGUUGGUUUUCUUCUUGGUGUGCUUUCCUCCUUAUUGUCGUCGAAGGAGGAAAGGAAAGGAAAGGAAAGUAAAGGAAAGGAAGCAGCAGCAGCAGAAGCAGCUGUUGUUGUUGGGGGGAACCCCCCUCGGAACAGAAAGAAAUUUCAUUUGGACCAAAAAAACAACAACAAAGAAGAGAAACGAAGGAAAAAGGAUAGUGAAACAGAUAAGUGACAAAUACCCCCGGACCAGUUGCCUUCGUUGCCCGCCACAAGAUGGCGUGCCUUAACACCCUAAAGCAGGAGAUCAAAACCCUGGAGAAGAUCUUCCCCAAGAACCACGAACGCUUUCAGAUCCUCAAUUCCAGUGUCGAUGAGCUGCUAUGCCGAUUCAUCGAUAAGAAUGGAAAGCGCUAUGACAUUCAUGCCAACAUAACGGAAACGUAUCCUUCAUCGCCGCCUGUUUGGUUUGCCGAAAGCGAGGAGACGAGCGUCACAAAUGCCGUUCAAAUACUUAGCAAUACAAACGGACGUGAUAAUCACGUGAUUAAUCAAGUGGGCAUAUUGCUGCGUGAGCUGUGCCGACUUCACAACGUUCCACUGCCACCCGACAUCGACAACCUGACGCUGCCGCUCCAAACUCCGCCGCCAUCCGCCUCGCCACUGCGCUGCGAUCAGAGACCCGGCGGUGGAGCGGGCGGUGCGGGCGUCGGUGGCAGUGGGCCCCAUGGUAAUGAGGAAACAGACUCGGACCAGGACGAGAUCGAAGAUCCAAUCGGCGAAAGUGAGCAGGAAAGCGAAGGCGACGAGGACUUGCCGCUCGAAAUGGACGAUGUACGAAGUACAAACAAGAAGGAUGACAUGGAAGUGGAGCACUUAGCGACCCUGGAAAGACUGCGUCAAAGUCAAAGACAAGACUAUUUAAAAGGUUCCGUUUCCGGUUCUGUGCAGGCAACCGAUCGCUUAAUGAAAGAAUUGCGUGAUAUUUAUCGUUCGGACGCCUUUAAAAAGAAUAUGUAUUCAAUUGAGCUCGUAAACGAGUCCAUAUACGAGUGGAAUAUACGCCUAAAGUCCGUCGAUCCGGACAGUCCGCUUCACAGUGAUUUGCUAAUGCUCAAGGAGAAGGAGGGUAAGGAUAGCAUACUGCUAAAUAUACUCUUCAAGGAGACGUAUCCGUUUGAGCCGCCCUUUGUCCGCGUCGUUCAUCCUAUUAUCUCAGGUGGCUAUGUGCUCAUCGGUGGAGCCAUCUGCAUGGAACUGCUGACCAAACAGGGUUGGAGCUCAGCUUAUACCGUCGAGGCGGUGAUUAUGCAAAUUGCCGCCACUUUGGUGAAGGGAAAGGCGCGCAUUCAAUUUGGUGCCACAAAGGCACUGACCCAAGGUCAAUAUAGCUUAGCCAGAGCCCAGCAGAGCUUCAAGUCGUUGGUGCAGAUCCACGAGAAGAAUGGCUGGUUCACACCUCCCAAAGAGGACGGCUAAAACAGUCAUGGCAUCGUUACCCAGACGCACAUACUUCCCCCCAGAAUACAUUGCACCCUGGAUACACUCGCACACCCCACAAUCUACCCAACAGAGACAAACACACACUACUUCCACUUAUAUGUACACAUCGAUCAACAUCGUUCCGCAAACCAAAAUUGCACACAUUCUGACACCGUAUACCAAUAUAUACCUACCCCACGACCACAGGAAGCAAAUAAUCCAUGAAGCUGGACCGUUGGCUGAAGGAGGAUAUAUAAGGUGGCCCAGCAAUUUGGGUUUCGGCAGCGACACAAUCACACACACUCUAUCGAUUCAUUGGUUGAUCGUUUCUACUGUUCCGUUGCAAGUAAAUUCCUAUGUGAAUGCCCACAUAUUCGAUUAUAUUGCGCCUGCUUCCCCCCCGUCGUAGUCAGUAGCAAGCCAGUAGAAAAUCCCCUCCUCCCUUCCACAAAAAACAAAAAAAAAAAGAAAAGAAAACAAAAAAGCCAACGCUAAGAUGUAUGUUGUACAGACUCUCGGAAAUAUAGAAUUGUGUAACUGUGACUGAGACCGAAACUGAGGGGCUGUCCUCGGGGCUAGGAUGUAAGAUGUGCAUCCUGGCUUCGGUUCUCAGGAUCGGAGGACCGAAGAGUGUAAAAUGUAAAGGCAAUAUCUGUUAUGUAUAUGCGUAUAAAGUAUAAACCUGUAACUUGUAAUUUAAUUGUAAAUGUAGGGGCUCUCCAGCAGCACUUCCGACAAACAACAACACUCCUUCCUCCUGUCCCUCUUCCCCAACCCCCAAAAAACUUCCGCAAUUGUCCUUCCACACACACAUAAACACACCCAUACACACACGCAUGUAAUUGUAACUAGUUAAGACGCCUAUCUGUAUUUUAUAUAUUUUUAAUUUAACGAAAAAGUGUGUAAUCUUAUAUAUUUUUUUCUCUCUAAUGUUAAGAACAAAAAAAAAAAAUGGCAAAAAACGUAAAAAAGUAUAAAGUAUAAUUGAUAGCGAGAUCGAGCGGAAUAGAUAUAUAUAUAUACCUAUACAUAUACAUAUAAUUAUACAUAAAUACAAGAUUUAUAUAUAUUAUAAUUAGCGCGAGAGUUUAAGUUUAAGCUAAAAAAAAAAACAAAAAACCGAAAACAAAAACAAAAAACAAGCAAAUUCUAAGUGUAAAUUCGUCUUUCCAAAUAACCGUAAAAUAAUGUAAUCGUAACUUUAAUUCUACACAGAAAAAAACAAAAACAGAAAAUAGUUUAAAACAAAAAUGCUAAAAAAAAUCUGUAUUUCGAAAUCGAAAAAAAUAUUAUGCUAAAAAAAAAACAAAAACAAAAACUGCAAGAAUGCUAGUUUAAAAAAAAAAGUGGACAACUCUUGUUGUUCCAUAAAAGAUUAUGAUUAAAAAUUUGUCGUUUAUUUUAUUAUAUUUUUUUUUUAUUGUUUGUACAACUUGUGCAGGAAAAAUUCAACUGUAUAUUUAAAAAAAAAACCGAAAAAAGCAAGGAAAAAAGAAAGGAAUGAAAAUCGGCAAAAGAUGAUGAAGGAAAAUGUUCAUUUUAAGUAUGUAUUUAAUAAAGAAGGAUAUAUACAUGCAUAGUAA